UUAAUAAGUAGUAUUGCUAUUCUGUUUAUCGUUUUCCCAGUUCCUCAUUGAAUCUUUUGAUUCUUAUUUCUCUAAUUAGUUUACAUAAUUGCUUACACAACAAAAAAUAAAUCACAUGACUAUUACUUCAAAUGGGCAAAAUAGGGAAACUUACUUUUGGAGCGUCCUUUGUACUUUGAUUUUAGGUGUUUGAAUGUUUGAUCUCUUUGAUCGUUUGAAAUGCCUUUUUGAUUUUGCACAGUCAGAUUUCAAAUGAAAUAUUAUUAUAAAUCACUAGCUAUAGCUUUGUUCUGUGCGAGAUUUUCUGAAGACUUAUAAUUUGGAGUUCCUGAUAUUAUAGCUGCAGUCUCCGGAUCAUGUUCACAGAGCAGAAAUGCAGCUUUCGGAAACAUUUCUUUAUGCGUGGUUACUUUCCGCUAAGAACGCAUUUAUAGCUGCAGCCAGUGUCUGUAACAUCAAACGAUCUCUCGUUGUAUUCUCCAUUGUUUUGGCUGUUUUCGUGAUACUCUACAUCAAAUAUGCCUCGGAACUCAACACAAAUCUAUCCUCGUCCCAGCUACAACCAGCAGUGCGGGAUGAACAAGUUCCCAAAGGAUCUGGUGACGAGAAAAGUAGUGUUGUUAUCAAUGCUAUGGCCAUGGAUCCCAAAAUCGCAGCGGGGAAUUCUGCCACUGCCUCGAACACCAGUGUAGCAGCGGGGAAAUUGGCGAGCAGCGUGUUGGCCACCUCGACGGAUUCACGUCCUUGCCAGGCUGGAACUCCGCACACCGUGCGGAACCCGUGCCAGCGUUGUUCCAAGUUCGAAGCGUCUUCUGGCAUGGAAUCCUGUCAACCAACAGGUUAUAAAGAGCAGGUGGAGUGUCGUUUGGCAGGCACGGGAGAGAGUGAGAAACCAGCUCGCUUUUGGCGAUCGUGUAAACCGGAUACGAGCCAACAGACGGAAAGUCAGAAAUUUACGAUAUUUACCGCUUUAUCUUUUAUUUGUGCAAUACUGUUCAGUGGUGUUACUCUGUGGAGACAUCACAUGUUGCAGAAACAGAAUGUUCUGAGAAUACAACAACGCAUUCAAAGCUGAAUUAAUUAAAAACUGUAGACAA